AUUCUGGUCUCUGAGCUGCAGGCUUCUCCAGCACACAAGGAACAGAGCCAGCCAGUGCUUCAGAUCAAACAAACAAUGGCCGAGGCUGAGUAUUUCAUCUGGAUUGCUCCUGAGGGUGACUUUGAGGAAGAAUUUGGAAAUAUCACCCGAAUGCUGCCCACUGGAGAGUAUUUCAGCCCCUGUAAGAGGGUUCCAAUGACCAACAGGCAGGCUGUAGUUGUCUUCUAUGCACUGGUGUUCCUUCUUAGCUUGCUGGGAAACUCGCUGGUGAUGCUGGUCAUCUUAUACAGGCGAAGGACCCGAUCCGUCACCGAUGUCUACGUGCUGAACCUAGCCAUUGCUGAUCUACUCUUUUCAUUGACUCUGCCCUUCUUGGCUGUCUCCAAAUGGAAGGGCUGGAUUUUUGGCACACCCCUGUGCAAGAUGGUCUCACUCCUGAAGGAAGUCAACUUCUUCAGUGGUAUCUUGCUGCUGGCCUGCAUCAGUGUGGAUCGAUACCUGGCCAUCGUCCAUGCCACCCGCACACUGACCCGAAAGCGCUACUUGGUUAAAUUCGUAUGCAUGGGCACCUGGGGUCUAUCCUUGGUUCUGUCUCUGCCUUUUGCCAUCUUCCGCCAGGCAUAUAAACCAUACCGUUCUGGAACAGUCUGCUAUGAGGUCCUGGGUGAAGCCACAGCAGAUCUUAGGAUAACAUUGCGUGGUCUGUCCCACAUAUUUGGCUUCCUCUUGCCGCUGUUCAUCAUGCUGGUCUGCUACGGGCUCACACUGCGCACGCUCUUUAAGGCCCACAUGAGACAGAAACGCCGGGCCAUGUGGGUGAUCUUUGCUGUUGUGUUGGUCUUCCUGCUCUGUUGUCUGCCCUACAAUCUGGUUCUGCUCUCGGACACUCUCUUAGGAGCCCACUUGAUUCAAGAUACUUGCGAGCGCCGCAAUAACAUUGACCAGGCCUUGUAUAUUACCGAGAUCCUGGGCUUUUCUCACAGUUGUCUUAACCCCGUCAUCUAUGCCUUUGUUGGCCAAAGUUUUCGCCAUGAAUUCCUCAAGAUCCUUGCUAACCUGGUUCACAAGGAGGUUUUGACACACCACUCUGCUUCCUUUCGCACGUCUCUCACCACUAUCUAUUAAACUUCUGAGAAUUACCAGAGAGUGAUCGCUCUCCCUCAAAGGGAAGGAUAACUAUUGUGCCAAUGUGUUGUGUGAGUGUGUGUCUGUGUGUGUGGUGUGUGUUUGUGUAUGUGCGUGCAUGUAUGUGUGCUGUGUGUGUAUGUAUGUAUGGAUGCAUGUGUGGUAUGUGUAUAUGUUGUGUGUAUGUGGUGUGUGUGUGUGUGUGUGUGUGUUUGGUGUGUAUGGUGUGUGUAUGAUGUGUGUGGUGUGUGUAUGAGUGUAUGGUAUGUAUAUGUAUGUAUGUGUUCUGUAUCAGUGUGUGUGUGGUGGGUGUAUAUGGCAUGUGUGGUAUAUGUGUGUGUCUAUAUGUAGUGUGUAUGUAUGUGUGAUGUGGUGUGUGUAUAUGGUAUGUGGUGUGUGUGUGUGUCUGGUGUGUAUGGUAUGUGUAUGAUGUGUGUGGUGUGUGUGUGUGAGUGUAUGGUAUGUAUGUAUAUGUUCUGUACCUGUGUGUAUGUAUGUAUGUGUGGUAUAUGUGUGUGUCUGUAUGUAGUGUGUAUGUAUGUGUGGUGUAUGUAUAGGGUGUGUGUGUGUGUGUGUGUGUGUGUGUGUACUAUGGCUAUGGGAAGAUACUAUCAGUUUUUGGGAGGGAGGAGGCAAGAUCAGGAGAGGAUAGUAACUACUGUCUCUAGGGCCCACACCUACUUUCUGAGGAGGGCUGAUAGCCCUCCAAGGACUUCCUUUGCACUUCCAUUAGGGAGAACAUUACCACUCCUAUUGUACAUAUACAUCUUUGACUUGCAAUCUGGGGAAUUAUUAUGGUCACACCUGUGGCCUGACCUCACCAUUGGAACAAAGACCUGGGGCUUGCAUCUAACAUUAGCCCUCAUGGGCUAGACUCUCUCUUUGGAACAGCAGCUGGACUGCUCAGCUCAUUCCAGCAGGCUGUCUGGUGUCAUUUUGUCCUGUGAUCUGAGCUCAUGAGACUGUUUUCCCAUCUCAGAGACUGUUGCAAUGCCUGUCGAAGACAUCGGUCAAGUGCUACUGAGCCCCAGGCCACCAGGCACUCUUGUGAUGGAGCUGAAGACUUUCUUCCUUUUAGGUGUCAUGAGUGGACAGAGGAAGAGAGGAAGUCCACUAGUCCUUGGGAAGCCAGGACUAGUGCGUGAAAUCCACUUUACCCUGUGACCGGUGUCACUGAGGGUAAUGUGUGUGUGUGUGUGUGUGUGUGUGUGUGUGUGUGUGUGUGUGUGUGUGUGUUGGGUGCCAGCUGAGCCAACGAUGAAGCAAGACCAGCAGCUGUAACUUUUGCCCUCUUGGCACUUCUAACUUGACAUGGAGCGACAGUAACUAUACAAACCCAGAUAUGCUGUCAAUCAGCUAGGCAGGCAGAUGCUUCUAAUAAAAUUUUGGUCCCAUGUUUGUCCAUGGGUGUGCCAGAGU